AUGCGUCGCCAUGGCAGGUCCAGCGGGGGCCCGACCAAGGCCGUCCCCAUGUCUGACGCCGUGUCUCUCAUCCAUUCCUUCGACUCCGUCAUGAACCCAAACCGGCCGGCGCGGCCCUCGCCUUUAGCCUCCUCCCAAAUCAAAGCAUUGCCGUUAGAACUCGUCGAUCGGCUGCGCUCGUUCCCCCUAUUUCAAGCGACUCCAGAAUCUUUCUUAAUCGAGGUCGGGCAACAUCUGCGCCCGCAGCUCCACGCCCCUAACGAUUACAUCUUGACCGAAGGCGACGAUGCAAGAGCGAUAUACUGGCUAGUACGGGGUGCGGUAUCGGUCACAUCGCGCGAUGGCGAGAGUAUAUAUGCUGAGCUGAAACCGGGCGCGUUCUUUGGAGAAAUCGGCGUGCUGAUGGAUCGGCCGCGCACAGCAACCAUUAUCGCUCGCACCCGAUGCAUGCUGGUCGUGCUCUCCAAGGAGGACUUCCGAAAUAUUUUACCACGCUUCCCGGAGGUGGAGCGGGCGAUCAUGGAAGAAGCCCAGGAGCGAUUGAUGAUCCUGGAGAAGAAGAAGAAGGAGACGUCUGCUCCAGCGGUGGACGACCCGAGCCCUAGUCCGGUACGGCGAGGCUCCAAACGACUGAGAGAGGCCUCUUCUAAAGACUUGAUGGUCACUGAAGGUGACGAGGACUCAACGCUUAAGUCGGUAUAUAAGAAGCGGAAGUCACCAAGCCCGGGCCGCCGGGAUGCAUCCAGCGCCUUAGCAAAUGGAGUGGUCAACGUCCGCCUGCUGCUCAAGGAACUGCCUCUCUUCUCUGGUCUGCCAGCCGAUAUACUUCACUUUCUGGGUCUAGAAGCCCAACCGACUUCCUUCCCUCCAUUUACCGACAUCAUUCAGCAAGACUCGCAAGGGCGUGAAUUAUACUUCAUUGUUCGCGGCGAAGUCGAGGUAGUGACCGAAAAAAAAGAUUCAAAACAGAAGCACCAACAACCCAACGGGACUCGUCAUCAUUCAGUUGAAAUAAAAGCUCGACUCAAGCAAGGCCAAUACUUUGGGGAAGUGGUCAGUCUGGCACUCGCACCUCGAAGAACAGCAACCGUCCGCUCUGUCACGGCAGUCGAGUGUCUAAUGCUUAGUGGAGAUGUCCUUUCAAAGUUCUGGGAAAUGUGUCCUCGUGAAAUUCGUGAGCAGGUCGAACAUACUGCUCAAGAGAGACUUCAGGCAGCUGCAGAUGGUGACGUGAUCAUGUCAGAUGCAAAUGAUGAGCAAUCGCCAAUAAGCCAUCUGAAAAUUGAUGACGAAGUCAAGAUCAGGGCGUCUCGCAGACGCUCCAUGCCCUUAUUGACACUGACUGAGACUGAGUUGGACGGCCCGCAUCAAUCCUCGCCGGAGGAUCAGGAUCAGGCGGUCUUACGGCCAUCUGAUCCCGACCCUUAUCUCAGCCUGGGAUUAGACAAAGUUCGGCUUCGAAGUCGACGUGGAUCAGUUGCACCAUUAACGCCAGAAGAGGUCUCAGGCGAAAAACCCCGACCUUCUCCCCCUUCAGAACCCCGUUCUGCUAGUUCUUCCUCCUUCGCCCCGCCUGAGACAUAUGGUCUCUCUAAACCUCCAACUUCCCGCUCAUCCGGUGACGCUCAUCGUGGAAUAUUUCCCGACAGCGUCCUUUUGAAUAUCUUCCAGUUUUUGGACCUCCACCAUCUCCUUCGACUCCGCGGUGUAUCAUCACAUUGGUCAGAGAUGUUGACUGAAUCAGCCGACGUAGUCCGCGACUUGGACUUGAGCAUCUACAAUCGUCAGCUCACCGACGACGUUCUUGUGAAGAUCGUCUGCCCAUUCGUCGGAACCCGCGCCCGCUCUGUGAAUAUCAACAACUGCUUCCACAUCACCGAUGAAGGUUUCAAUGCUUUGGCUAGCACCUGCGCACCAAACUCAACAACGUGGAAGAUGAUGAGUGUUUGGGAUGUCACCGCCUCCGCAAUUCUUGAAAUGUCUAUCAAAGCCAAGGAUCUGCAAGAGGUGGAUCUGAGUAAUUGCCGGAAGGUGGGUGAUACACUUCUGGCUCGCAUCAUUGGUUGGGUGGUUCCAAGUACCCAAAAAGUUGAGGGCAAAAAUGCCCAUAUCAAGCCGACUAUUCAAACCGCGGAGGCGUCCGUCUAUGGCUAUCGGUCGAUGCAUCAUAUUGCGUCGCACGCGGCAGGGCGACUUGAAGAGAUGGACUUGACUCGUUGCACAACUAUCACGGACCAGGGAUUCCAGCAUUGGGGUAAUGCCCGCUUUACCCGCUUGAGGAAGCUUUGUCUUGCGGACUGCACCUACUUGACAGACAACGCCAUCGUGCAUCUGACAAACGCCGCUAAGCAGUUGCAAGAGUUGGAUCUGUCUUUCUGUUGUGCCCUUUCCGAUACGGCAACCGAAGUCCUUGCUCUACAAUGUUCAAACCUCAAGUCUCUGAACAUGUCAUUCUGUGGCUCCGCUAUUUCCGACCCCUCUUUACGAAGCAUUGGCCUGCACCUGCUCUCUUUGAAUUAUCUUUCCGUGCGUGGCUGUGUUCGUGUCACCGGUGUUGGCGUUGAAGCUGUCGCCGAGGGCUGCCACCAACUUCAAAUCUUUGACGUGAGCCAAUGUAAGAACCUCACGUGUUGGUUAGAUGAAGGCGGUGCAAAGCGGUAUCAACCGCGUAUCAAGUUCGAAACCGUCGCCCCGAACAAGAGAAACUCCCGAUGA